AUGGUAACCAACCGCGGUUCCCGUUUGGAAUGCCAUACAUUGAAUGUUCCAGGCCGUAAUGGAAGACAGUGCAGAGAAAGAUGGCUUUCGGUUCUUGCUCCAGAUUUAUGUAAAGAUGAAUGGGAUGAAGAAGAAGAUAAAAUUCUUCUUGAUAUGCAAAAGAAAAUUGGAAACCAUUGGUCUCUGAUAUCUACUUAUCUAAGUGGUAGAACACCAAUCAUGGUCAAAAACAGAUUCAGAUUAUUGAUUAGAAGAGAAAGGAAACGUGAAAAGAAAGCAAAGAAAACUGCGAGAAGCACUAUCAACUUAGAUCAUAACGAAUGUAUAUUUGAUACAUCUUUGAAUUUUGAAAAUGUUGAUUUUAUUCAAAUUACAGAUGAUUUUGAUCCAUUAAUUACAUACAACCAAAUUAAUGAUGAUUUAUUUGAUAACUUUGCUGCUUCUGAUGAUAUUUGA